AUGGACUCUUCGUCGCAGAUGAGUUCAGAAAUGUCAUGGUUGAAUGACGCAUCACCAUUAUCAAUGACACCGAGAACUGCAACACCUCAGACGCCUCAGCGAUCGAGAGCCGAUACGCCCGAAAACGAACCCAGCGCGCCACUUGUCAACCCUUCCUCAGGUUUACUACAAGAUUUGUUGAAAGAGCAGCGCGCAAGUCGAAGUUCUAAAGGUGGAUCGGACGAACACAAGCAAUGCAAUCCUCGGACACCCGAGCGGCGUCGUCCGAAAGUCCUGUCCCCAUCCCAGUCGCCUGCGCGAUCACACGCACAGUCACAGACACAGUCUCGAGGUCAAUCCUGGGAAGAGGUUGGCUCUGACAAACAGCGCAGGGUUCAUAGUGUGGCCUCGUCAGGUACACGACAACCAAAUGACAUGGGGGUAAGAGAGAUGGGAGAGUAUGUCUCGAAAAUCAACAAGCAGAACUUUGACCUGAAACUUGAGAUCUUCCAUCGUGUACAGCAGGUGACGGCACUGGAGAAGAAGCUACAAAGAAUGGAAGAGAUGGAGGAAGAACUUCAGCGUCUGCGCUGCUUGGAAGAGGAAGUGCAGGAACUUCGCGAGGCGGAAGCUGAUAACCAGCGGCUGCGGGAAUCGAAUGAGGAAUUGAGGCAAGAGAUCGACCGAAGGGAUCACGCGAUAACAGAGGCCGUGAGCAUGAUCUGUCUUUUGGAAAGCAAGGUGACAGAACUGCAAGCUGGCGAGGAUUCAUCGAGACCUUCGACGGCUCGACCAGAUGAGGAGGAUUCCACGACUCCUAAGCAGAAAGUUGUCGUUCAGAUCCCGGACAGAACAUCGUCGAAAGGCAGCACCGACCCAUCCGCAACUCACCGAAAAACAUCCGUUUCUCAUCAACUUCAAAGAGCACCGUCAUUCUUGCGCGACGGAAGAGAAGAUCCAGCUGCACUUCAGAGCUUCUGUGAGCCGUCCGAAGACCAGGCUCAUGCUGCGAUGACUGAAAUCACAAAAUCGGAAAGUUUGCAGUCAAUCAAUGACCCCCUUGACCCGGAAUCGCCUAGACUUAGUGCUCUCAGUGAAUGCAGCGAACUCUUUCCCCUUGGAUCAGAUGGUGAUGUUGUUGGAUUCGACCAGCUGGCGAUCCCCGUCAUCAGGAAGGAUUUUGCAGCAGAUGGCUCAGAAUUAUCUGACCUCAGUGGUUCCCGGAGUAGAGACCGUAUCGAAUCAUGGGUUUCACCACCACAUGACGUCUUUGUGGAUGAAGCGUCGCGGUGUACCACGCAGUCGUCCAUUUCACAGGGACCCAAAAAGACGAGUUUCGACAGCGACUCUUACGGUUCUAGUCAAAAGACACACACCGACAGCGUCUUCGGAACGUCAAAAUUGCCGCCUACACCGGAUACAAUGAGUACUGCAUAUGUCGCAGGCACGAGUUGCUCUAAUGGCAGUAUCAUUGCAGAGAAAAGUCAUUACGACCAAGGUGUCGCAUUAGGCCUCAUGCUUCGGCGCCCACGUUCUGCGGAUGAAUUAACUACCAAGAGAAGUUCAUGCCAGAGCAUCGAAAGUGACAAGGCUUUGGCGAAUGUGAGCGAUGUCACGCUGCCACGACAGAGCACGGACGGGGGAGACAUGACCCCGACCUUAUUUCCCCUAAACUACAUCACUUCCCGAGAUGAUCGGCUGUUCAAUCAGGACUCUCUCAACAAGAUCAGUCUUGGCCAUUAUGGUGGCAGUGCGUUGUAUAAUGAAGAUAGCCUGGAAAAGGUCCUUUCCAAGAUCGACAAGAAUCUUUACCAGGCGAAGCCGUCCAGAUCGAUUGAAGAACUUUCGGCCCCCUUAUCAGCGUCGCCGCCAUUGACUUCUCAAGAAUGGGUUGAUGCAGCCAAACUUGCCCCCCGGGGUGAGAAGUCACAGCCUGAGUUGAAUCUGGGACCUAUCACGCUGGACUCUCGUCUACUCGUUGCGCGCGCACCUAGCCAGGCGUCUUUUCUCGGCCGCAGGCACAGUAUCGACUCGGGCUUCAGAGAAGCGGACGUGCCUAGAAUCCCUACGCUUGAUUUGCAGUCAUUAGACCCAAGACCGCAUCCCGAACCAGAUACAGAGCGUCGUAAGCGCAUCAGCCUACGGCCACUGUUUGGUCGCUCAGGAAACGCUCGUCGCCUCCAGACCACUCCUUUACACGACCAAACAGAUAGUGACGAGGGAGCACCUGCGCCCGUCAUCCACAAAACACGCAACACCGCCCCAAGCAGGCCGCCGCGAGUAAAGCAACACUCAGAAGGUCAUCGUGAUUUGUCCGCAUCCAUGCCAACCUACGCAGAUGGGAUGGCGGACGAGGCUCGCCGCACUCUCCCCCAUUCUUUCACCGAGUCAUCAUUCACAAGCAACCAAGCACUCAAGCCGCUGGCCGCCAGCAACAAGGACCACAAGAGACGGAGUUCCCUCGGACUGUUCGGCUGGAUGAAAGGGUCUAGCAAGAAGCCCGAGCCGCUCCAUUCACCGGUCAAGCAUGCCAUGCCUCCCAGUGGGAUCUUGAAAGACAGACCCACUCGCAUGGCCCAGGAGUUUGGAACCCAAGCUCACCACGAGCCCGCUAGAAAUCUCGACACGCCCACAGUGAGCUUUGCUCUGGAUGCGAGAUCUAGAGGCUCCGUUCGCUCUGACGAGGAAGAUCCUGCGCGACGGCCGCGCUAUAUGGACCGCAAAUCUCGUCGAGGCUGA